CGCUAGGUCACUAUGUAGAGUUUGCUACACUUCAUGCGAGGACGCCACACUGCAGUUCCUGUCAUAGUUUUGUCAUCUCUUCAAGAUUUCUUCUGAUUUUAGAGUACAUCGCUACACCAGACAAUGUACCGGAUGUUGAUAUUCCUGUCGCUGAUGUCGUCACUUCCGGUGGGACACCUGACGACCCACACCUGCCCCAUCAAAUGCUGCUGUCCAAAUAUAAGAACCGCUCAGUGUGGCACAUACCUCACCGUUGUGCCUACUGGGUUUCCGGAAACCCUGGAAUCCCUGGACCUCACCGGAAACCGGAUCGCAGGCCUGGACAAUCUCUCACCACAACAGCUUCCUGAGCUGACUGAAAUGAACCUCGGACACAACUAUCUCACACUUAUCCCAGCCAACUCUUUGAGCAACUUCACGGCUUUACAAGUUCUGAAGCUUAAGAAUAACCGUCUUGACUCUCUCACUGUACAAUCUUUUAAUGGACUCAGUAACCUUGUUACGCUCGUGUUACACGAAAACAGGCUGACAUCUCUUCCAGCUGGAAUGCUGACUUCCCUCACCUCCCUUUCUGUCUUGUCUGUCAGUAAGAACGAACUAAGCACAUUUAGGGGGGCUCUGACUUCUUCAGGUACAGAGAGCGGAUUGAAAACAUUUAUCCUAGAUCAUAACAAGUUCUCCUCGCUUAGUUCUAACAUGUUUCAGGGACUUGCGAAUGUUGAAACUUUGAUGUUAGAUCACAACGAAAUUUCCGACAUAGCGUCUGGUGCAUUUUCAGGAUUGUCCAACUUAGCGAAUCUCUCGCUUUCUUAUAAUUCUAUUGCGGAACUGCAAAACUCACCCUUCCGCGAUCUAGAGAAGCUAAAACAUCUUUACCUACAGAAUAACGACAUGACUUACAUAGAUAGUGAUGUACUUCGCGAUGUGCCCAAUAUAGAGACCUUAUAUCUGCAGUACAACAAGCUGAGUAGCGUACCUCCUCUUCAAGGUAAAAUCACAAAUCUGAACAUUGCACAUAACAAUCUACAGGGAUGGCCUCAACUUGCCUUACCUAGCCUUCAGACGCUACUGUUGUAUGCCAACAGCAUCCAUAACAUAUCAAAGAACGACAUGCGAACUCUCAUAAAUCUUGAAACAUUAGAGUUGCAGUUCACUGGCUUGCAGUAUGUUGAAGAGGAUGCGUUCGAUCAACAAGUCAAUCUAAAACGUCUUAUUCUGAGAAACUGUGCGCUGAAGUCUUUACCCCCACGUGUCUUUUCCUCCUUGACAAGUCUUGAAGAGCUUCAUCUACAAAAUAAUCGACUAGUGGAGAUAUUAGACGACACCCUCUAUGGUUUGUCGUCAUUGAAAGAGUUGUAUGUUUUCGGAAAUGCGAUAGGUUCUAUCAGCGACCUCUCUCAUCUUAGUAGACUCACAAUUCUGAAUUUAGCCCGGAACAAGUUAACACAGAUACCCGACUCAAUACGCCGUCUUAACAAACUUGAACUGCUCAACUUUGAUUCGAACCAGAUCACCAAUGUUUCCCCUGACGUCUUUUACAAUUUGACAUCGCUGCAAAAAGUUUAUAUGUAUGACAACCCGUAUCAUUGCGACUGCGCACUGAGCGAUUUUGUCGCGUGGGCUGCUGGGAAGGAUGUGUUCAUAGGAGAACUGCUCUGCGCAAGCCCAGUACUGAUGCGUAACCGAACGUUAAAGAGCCUUAGCAUAGACCAACUUGAACUGGUUUGCAAUUCUGGCUCCAACACUCCGGCCAUUGUUGGGGGUAUCUUUGGCGGCAUUGCGAUCGGAUUUGUGGCUUCCAUUGCAAUCAAAGUGAUGCGCAGAAAAUCUGCUAAAUUUCGCACCAAAUUUGUGGAGAUGGACUCAGUGAAAGACGAAGAUGCAGUCAGUAUUGUCAACGACAACCAUUCUGACGUUGCUUUCCAAGACUAGAACUAAGGGCAUACAAAAUUACACCGACUGCUUUUUUCUCAGUACAUUUACAUUUUAAAUGUUCUUAAAAUUAAUGUGGUUAAAAAUUAUCUUAUAUACAUGACUUGACAAACUUACUUGCAUCAUGAUGCAUUCGUCACAAAAAUUCACAGCAAAAACGGCCUUUGCUUCUUUUCCAAGCUUUUGUUUCAAACUUUACUAAAGCUUGAAAUUUGGUAAUUUUUUAUGAGUUCCGUAGUAGGUCAUGAGUCUUAAAUUUUGUCAUAACAUAGGAUGUUACAAAUAGUUCUUUACAACGAUGCUAUCUAUUUUCUUUAACAAUGUUCUGUCAAUGGAAACAAACCAUCAAUAGAAUAUCAGUCCAUAUUCAUCGAUCGCUUGUUGGGUGCGUUUAAAAAGUCUUUUCUUUAGGUGUGCAAAUGAGUUAGAUACACCUCUUAUCUCCUUAUGUAAUGGUGUGUGACUGUGUGUGCAUCUUUGCGCAACUGUUUUUACCAUGCCCCUGCCCCUACCAUACUGUCUAGCAUGUCUAUUAUCAAAUACAAUCCUGUACAUGCACCAUGGCGCCCCCAAAAUACAGAAGUUUCUCAAUAAAAAAUAAGCGCCGAUAAUCAUCAUUAUCAUUGUCCAAAUCAUACUUUGGAUUUCACUUUAUAAUAGAAUAUUUUAGAUACGCUUUUAUACUUAAUGAGUUAUUCACAUUUCUCGAAUCAAGUAUAAAAGUUUUCAAGGGACUCGAUGCUAUAGACAGAUUUGUAUAUACUUUUAUGUGACUGCUUUACUAUUAUAAAGAAUACCGAAAUACUAAUGAUUAGCUUACUCCAUUGUAACACUAUAUUAAAGAAUUAUGUUAGCUUUAUCCUAUACCUUUAAGCAUUAUUUUGUACUUUGUGUAAUAGCUGUUGCCAUACAUUGUACCGUGCACAAAUGUCGUGCAAUAACGUUCUAUAUCUAUCAUCAUCAAAAUGGUUGUAAUGUUACUUAUCAUAUAUAGAUAUAUGUCAACUGUCAUCUAGUCA